GGGGUCUGGCGUUGGUAGUAGGCACAAAGCGGGAAACACAAAGCCUGAGGGUGCUGGGCCUGUUCAGCCUCGGGAAGUGAUGUCUGAGAGGGGAUCUCAUCAGUGUCUAUAAGUAUCUGAAGGGAGGGUGCCAGGAGGAUGGAUCCAGGCUUUUUUCGGUGGUGCCAAGCAAUAGCUCAAGAGGCAGUUUCUCUUGGUUCCCCUGACAGUAGUAACAGUACAUGUAACAAAAAUGCUUCUGGAAAAGUGUAUGAAGAAACAGAAGUCUAUUUUAGGUUCACUUCGUCACCAGGUGAAAAUGCAUUCCAGGUGAAGAUCACUGCUCCUGAUGAACAGUUCACUCGGGUUGGUGUGCAAGUGUUAGACAGGAAAGAUGGUUCCUUCCUCGUGAGAUACAGGAUGUACGCAAGCUACCAAAACCUGAAGAUAGAAGUCAAAACUGGAGAUAAACAUGUUGCACAGUCUCCAUAUGUUUUAAAAGGACCUAUUUACCAUGAAAACUGUGACUGCCCUCAGGAGGACAGCAGUGCAUGGCUGGAAGAGAUGAACUGCCCUCAAACCAUGCCACAGAUUCAAAGAGACCUAGCAAAUUUUCCCACUGUUGAUCCAGAUAAGAUUGCAAAAGAAAUUCCACAGAGGUUUGGACAAAGACAGAGUUUGUGUCACUACACCAUCAGAGAUAAUGAGGUUUAUAUAAAGACAUAUGGGGAACAUGUUGGCUUCAGAAUUUUCAUGGAUGCCAUACUGCUUUCUUUGACAAGAAAAGUGAAAAUGCCAGAUGUAGAAUUUUUUGUUAAUUUGGGGGACUGGCCUCUGGAGAAAAAGAAGUCCCCACAGAACCUGCACCCCAUCUUCUCGUGGUGUGGGUCCAGUGAGUCAAAAGAUAUCGUUAUGCCAACAUAUGACUUAACAGACUCAGUUUUGGAGAGUAUGGGACGAGUCAGUCUGGAUAUGAUGUCAGUUCAAGCAAACACUGGCCCAUCGUGGGAAGACAAGAAUACCACAGCAUUCUGGAGAGGACGUGACAGCCGCAAAGAGAGGCUUGAGCUUGUAAAACUCAGCAGAAAAUAUCCAGAGAUCAUAGAUGCUGCUUUCACAAACUUUUUUUUCUUUAAACAUGAUGAAAGCCUCUAUGGCCCUAUUGUUAAGCACAUUUCAUUUUUUGAUUUUUUUAAGUAUAAAUAUCAAAUUAAUAUUGAUGGCACAGUGGCAGCAUACAGAUUGCCUUAUCUACUAGCAGGAAACAGUGUGGUGCUAAAGCAAGACUCCAUAUACUAUGAGCAUUUUUAUAAUGAGCUGCAGCCGUGGAAACAUUAUAUUCCAUUUAAAAGUGACCUGAGCGAUCUACUAGAAAAACUACAGUGGGCAAAAGAGCAUGAUGAAGAGGCAAAAAAUAUUGCAAAAUCUGGACAAGAAUUUGCAAGAAACAAUCUCAUGGGAGACCACAUUUUUUGUUACUACUUCAAACUUUUCCAGGAAUAUGCCAGCUUGCAAGUGAGCGAGCCAAAAAUCAGAGAUGGAAUGGAGAAGGUGCCACAGCCUGAUGAUGACCUUUUCCCAUGUACUUGCCACCGAAAAAAGGCCAAAGAUGAACUCUGACAGAAAGGAAUUAAUUAAUUUUUUCAGUAUUUGCCUACAUUCAGACUGUCAGAAAGAAGAAAAAUUUGAAUUAAUAUGCCAGUGGAUAAUGUCAGUGGAUAUUAUGAAGUUUACCAUAUAAUGAUCGACAUAAGGAAGAAAACAAAGUACCUCCUAUUUCCUUUUUAUUAUGUGGUAGUGGCAGAAUCUUGGUUCA